GUCAUGCUGCCGGAAGUUCCGGCGGAGCAGGACGGAAGUAGGUACGUGGCUGCUUCAGCUGAUAUUCUGCACGAUGGCGACAGAGGUUCAGAGCGGCGACCUCAACAGUGCAAAUUCAAGCCGGCUCGAAGUUUCUAUCGACGGUUUGACUUUGAGCCCGGAUUCCGAGGGCGAACAGGAGCAGGCCGAGGUGUCCGCUGGCCAGAGCGCUGGAAACCCUGAGCUGAGCGGCGGUGGGGAGGAGGGCGAACCUGUUAGCAGCGCUACGAUCGAGAGGAAAUGGGGCUUUUCUUUAGUCGAGCUCUACGGGCUGGCGCUCAGAUUCUUUAAAGAGAAAGAUGGGAAAGCCUUCCACCCGACCUAUGAGGAUAAACUCCGUCUGGUAGCCCUCCAUAAGCAAGUGUUGCUGGGGCCUUACAACCCAGAUGCUUCCCCUGAGGUGGGAUUCUUCGAUGUGCUGGGAAAUGACCGCAGAAAGGAAUGGGCAUCUUUGGGCAACAUGGAGAAGGAUGAGGCUAUGCUGGAGUUUGUAAAGCUGUUGAACAAAUGUUGCAGUUUAUUUGCACCUUUCAUCGCGUCACACAAGAUUGAAAAGGAGGAGCAAGAGAGAAAGAGGAGGGAGGAAGAGGAACGGCGGCGUAGAGAGGAAGAGGAGUGUGAGCGACUGCGGCAGGAGGAGGAGAGACGCAGAGGUGAGGAAGAGGAGAGGCUGAGGAGAGAAGAGGAGGAGAGAAGACAAGUUGAGGAGGAACGACUCCGUGUAGAGCAACAGAAGCAGCAGAUCAUGGCUGCAUUGAAUGCACAGACAGCGGUGCAGUUCCAGCAGUAUGCAGCGCAGCAGUACCCCGACAGUCCCGAGCAGCAGCUCAUCCUCAUUCGACAGCUGCAGGAGCAGCACUAUCAGCAGUACAUGCAGCAGCUGUAUCAGGUGCAGCUCGCUCAGCAGCAGGCUGCCCUGCAGAAACAGCAGGAGGAUGCUAUAGUGCUGUCUACAUUAGGGGCCAGUGAGGUGUCAGCGCCUUCUGCUGGAGAGGAGGCUCCCACACUGAACGGCCAGGCAGAGUCCACUACUGACAGCUUAGAACGAGAGCCGGACCUGGAGCCUGCAGACGAGGUCACUGAGAAUGGACCCACAGACUCUCCCCCUGUAAUAGCAGCCCCCUCCAUGUGGACCCGGCCACAGAUAAAAGACUUUAAAGAGAAGAUCCGUCAGGAUGUGGACUCUGUGAUCACAGUGGGCCGGGGGGAAGUGGUGACCGUCCGGGUUCCCACCCACGAGGAGGGCUCCUAUCUCUUCUGGGAGUUUGCCAGUGACUAUUAUGACAUUGGCUUUGGAGUCUUCUUUGAAUGGACUGACUCUACUAACGCAUCGGUCAGCGUGCAUGUCAGCGAGUCUAGUGACGAAGAUGAGGAUGAAGAAGGUGAAGGCCAGUCUGAGGAGGAGAAAGCCAAGAAAGAGGUUGGGAAACCGCAGGUGGAUGAGAUAGUGCCGGUGUACCGGCGGGACUGUCAUGAGGAGGUGUACGCUGGGAGUCACCAAUAUCCUGGCCGUGGUAUAUACUUGCUCAAGUUUGACAACUCCUACUCGCUCUGGAGGUCUAAAACCGUCUACUACAGAGUAUAUUACACCAGAUAAGCCUGGAGUCAAGACUGUGGGACAGGAAUGUGUGUGUGUAUGUUAAGAGAUAGAUGGAAAGAGAGAGAGAGAUCAAAAAUAAGGAAAUUUAUGGGAUGUCCACUACUGGGGAAGGGACAAAGAAAUUUAACAUGAAUGAGUGUGUGUUUCGAUGUGUAUGCAAACUUUAUGAGUGUGUCUGUCAUGCUGUUUGAGUCCAGGAGGAAUGGGCCAUGUGCUUGGCACCUCUGUUUUGCACUCUAAAAGAUGUACUCUGAUUUUGUGCUUGAUAUUCUAACUUCAGCCUCCAUCUUCUAAUGUCAUCCAAAGAGGUGCAGGAUAAAUUAGUGUGUCCUAAUUAAAACGGCCUACAAACGACAUGUUUUCCUCCUAUCAGCACACAGAACUGAAGAGCAUCGGCGAGUGUGAGAUAAAACGAAUGGAAAGGACUUUUCUAACAAUGCAAAGGUGGAUCUGGAGGCCUUUAUGAGAAGAGAUUUUGCAGCAUUUUCUAAACGGGAUGGAUUGUGUCUAAAACGUUUAAUAUUUAUUCAUCUCUGCGGUAGAGUAGGGUCAUGUUUGUGUCUCUAAUUCUUAUAACAUUUAUCCCAUCUCUCCUACGUUCGCUUCUCUGCUUCCACAGAGCCCCAGAUUUAUUGUCCGUGUUCGUUUUUUGUAUUUUCGGUUUGUUUUGCAUAUGUCGUCAAUGCGAGAUUUAUCAGUAUUGACUUUUAAUGUGGCACAGCUAGGAGUUUGAAAUAUUCUUGCCUUUCAGUUUGGUCAUUUCUUUGUUGCUUUAUGCAUGUAGUUACAAACAGCCAUGUAAGAACUUCAAACUUAAUGUAUAUUGAUUGAACUUUCUACUCGUCACUCUUGUACUUGGUUCUCUAUGGCAGAAAUAACAAGCAUCUCUCAUUGUCAUUAUAUUAAUAAGGAAGUGUUUGUAUAGCUGAUUGAGACUAACUAUCAAAAGCUGCAUUUGAGUUGCUGAUUAACUUUUUCUGUUAUUUAUUGGACUGUUCAGUGCAUUGAAGAUUAUUACAGUGAAGUUCCUGAGGAUUUGCAGACUUCUUUUCUUCAAAAAUAUCUGCUCUAGCCACUCUGGAUUCGUCACUGGCUGUAUCGUUGAGUGAAAUGUGUCGCGUUCAUGAUUGUAUGUCAAAGACGCCUGUGUAAUGCAGGUCACUGCUAUCCAACUGUGAUCAAACAUCGUCCAUAUAUACAGAUGCAGAUGCUGUUACACUGUGUUCACAUGAUGAAUAAAGCAGUGUGUUGGAGAGCUGUGAUGAUUCCGUGUUCAUAGAGACCAUCGUGCUAAAGCUGUCCAAAGACUACAUUAAUGUCACAUGCACAGUCGAUUGAUUACAAAAGUUUCUGUGGUUAUUUUUUUCCAUGUAAUUUUCUUUUUCAAUUUUUGUAAUGCUGACUUCAGGCCUUUGUAUAGUGAAAGUGUAACGUUUGGCAUGGUACUAAAAGUACAGCUUUUGGGGAAAAGACAACGAGCAAUAGGGUAUCUGAUCUGAAAAUUGUCUUCGUAUUUAAAGUGGAAACUCCAGUGAUUUUCUGACCAUAAAGGCAUGAAGAAG